AUGGCCGAUCACUUGCUUGUUUGUAGAUGUUUUCUAGUUGUUUUUGUAUUUUACUGUUCUUUAAGACUCUCCUAUGGUGUAUUAUAUUCAUCCGCCGACCAUAUAGUGCUUUUAGAAAACGAUACAAUCUCCAGUGUAAUUCAUAAUAGUCAGUCGGCUUGGAUCGUCGAGUUUUACUCUAGUUUUUGCGGACAUUGUCAUGCCUUUGCUCCGACAUGGAAAACGCUAGCAAGGAUGGCGAAAGGUAAGGAAAGUUAAGUAAGAUAUCUUCUAAAUACAGGGGUAUUUUGAAAAGAAGGGAUAGGAAAGAGAGGAAACGUCGUCAGGAAAAACGAAAGGGGACUACAUCUGCUCGAUGGCCGGUUCUUUGUUUAAAUGUAACAUAUAUUUUUAAUGAAGUACAAUGUAGCAUAGCUACAAAGUGGCCAGUGCUUUAUAUCUUAUUUAUCUAGAAUUUUUCAUUUCUUUGUUAAGCCAGGAAAAUUAAAUUUUUGUCGUGGUGGGUUGAAACGAUCUAUAUUUAGUCUUGUAACGUCAGAUAGGUCGUGUUCCUUUUUCGUUUUUACCACAUCAAUUAAUCAUAACAUGAGAGACGAAGAGAGCAAUAUGAAGCGGAACAAUUAAAAUGUCAUCAAGAUUCGUGUGUCUUGACAUGCUUUGCUUAGCUGUGUCAUGGAGAUUUCAACUCUGAACCCAUGGUUCAAUAUUGUUAAGCAAUGGCUGACGUGUAAGUCUCACAACCAAGAUGUAAACAAAAAAUUGCCGAGCGUGAAAUCGAGUGGAAACACCUGGCAUUUGUAACGAUCACAUUUCUUCCGCAUCUAAUUUAAGCUUAAUCUUGGGUUGUCGUUUUCUUUUGUUGAUUAUCUAGCCAUUCUUUUUUUUUCUUUUUUUCUUUGAUUCUGAUAAUCAACUCAGCUAAGCUACAUAGAAUUAAAGCAGAAUAUGUUGAUAAUUAAUAACACAGCACGGUAGUCCUCUUUUAAUGUUUAGAUAAAAAGAUUAGGCAUUCCAAAUGCGUCAAUAAUGUGGUUAUAAGAAAUUUUGUAGUGCAAUAUCCUAAACACAAAAUGUCAUUUUAAGGUAAAUUGUGUUAGAACUGACUUUCAAGAAUAUCUUUUGACCAUGAAUUGAAUUGAAUAUCUUUUGACCAUGAAACCACUAGAAUGCACCACAAGCCACAAGCCACAAGAUCAUGAAAGAGGAGUGGGAAGGGGGAAUUUUUAAUCAGCUUGUUCUCUUCUUUCCCUCUCCUCAUGGUGCCUAAUAUUUUAAUUUUUGGGGGAGAGAGGUGGGGUGAAUAUUGCUGUCAGGUUUUUUAUUUCCCUGCAGGUUCAGUCUAAAAAAAAUGUCCAGGAGAUCAAUGAUCUAUCCUCCUGGCUUCCAUUUGUUUUUCACUGGGUCUUCUUUUCUCCUCUUUCUUAGCUUCAUUUCAUCCUGUCUCACCUUACAUGCCUACAUGUACCAUGAAUUUGUUUUGUCUUUUUCCAUUUGCAACUUGUUUAAUACACCUUUACUGCUGCAAAAAUGAUUCUGAGUUUAAGUGUUAUGUCUGAAUUGUAGCAUCUGGUUAUCCACAAGAAAGAUCAGGGCAACUUGAAUAAGCCCACAAGCUGUGAGGUGUUACUUUUGAAUGGUGUAACUUGAGAUACACAUCUAACAGCCAUUGAGAAGUUGAAGUUUUGGCUUCAGUGUUGUACCUGAAUGAAUUUAAAAAGUUAUAUAGUCUAAUAAAAAUGUGAAAAACUGUGGGCGGGACUGUAAGGAGUUAGAAUUAUAAAUAUAUAUAAAAAUAUUGGUAAUUGAAUGACAAGAAUGGCUAAUUAGCCCAAAGGGAUUAGUUGGGGACAGUAAAUAGACUAAACGAUUUAGAAAAAAAAUGCUAAAAAUUAGUAUUUACAAUAAAAUCUACACCCUCAAUAAAAUACAUCAGAAAGUAGAUCAUUAUGAUACUGUAAUACUUAAAGUUAAAAAAUAAUAAUAAUAAGAUAAAAAUAAAUUAUUGUCUGUUCACUGCAGAGUUUACAACAGUUACUAUUAUUAGAAAUAUACUCAGAAAAGUUCAAUUUUCUAAAUUAUUUCCUAAAUCUGGAAAGUACCAUAGUACUGAAAAAAUUGUUUGUUAUAGUAGGGUCUUCGUUAUCAAAACAGGUUUUCACUUACCCAGAAGAUAAAGAUGUUGAGAAUAGUGUAGUUUGCCUUCCUAGAGCACUUCAUUGCAUGGCCGGUUGUAUGUUAUUUUUUAUUAUUAUUUUCUAUGCACUCCAAUAUUAAAAAAUAGCUCUGAUUAAAAUUCAUUUAUUUCAGACUGGAGAAAGCUCAUACAUGUUGGCGCUAUUGACUGUGCUGAAGAGCGUAAUCUCCAGACAUGUAUAAAUUAUGAAAUAGAAGGUUAUCCUACAGUAAAGGUGAGAGCAACUUGGCAACAUUUUUUUAGAAAAGUACAUUACUUUCAGAGAUGUCAUCUUUCAAGUUUAACCUCAUUAGAUCUUAAUUCAGUCAGUUGAGUUUCCCACAGUUAUUAGAGUGAUUUUACUUAACCCAUGAAAUAGGUAGUAGAAUUCCAUUGUCUUCUUUUGUUUACUAGUCUUGUAGCUAUUUUGCAUUGGUAAUGUUAUUAUCAAAAGUGCAUGGAUUUUCCAAGCUUGUCUAGCGUCUCCAGUUUAAUCUAUCAAUCACGCAUCAAUUAACUUUGGGAGUGGGAGAACAUAAUCUUGUUUCUGUAAUAAAAUUAAUAUUAGUAUUAGUGUAAAACGUGGACUGCGGACUGUGGAUUGCAGACUGCAGACUGCGGACCAUGGACUACAGACUGGGUAUAAAACACGGACUACCAGUAGGUAUAAAAUGCACUACUGACCUCGCCAACACUUUCUGCUCUUAAGCUUUUUAGCUCACCCCAACAAUGCAUAGAGUGAUCAAACCACAAAUUUGAUGGCCUGGGCUGGCUACGCCCCAUAAGCGAUGACUGCACCUAUGUAAACAUGUACAUUGCAUUUGUGGCCCCUUUCAUUGAAUAUAAGAGACUGAGGCUAGGUCUAAAAAUGGGUGUAGAAAAUAGCAUUUUGCUCAGGUUCAGAAAGACACCUGAUUGCAGGUUAAGGAUUUGGAGAACUGGGCGGUACACCUCCACCAAGAAUAUCAAGGAGUUUUCAUAACUUAAACUCACGAGUCUUGAUCCCUUUAUCUUAUUUUUCCUUACCUAGAACCAAUUAGCACAGUUUUUACCAUGUUUUAUACCCAGUCCGUAUUUUCCAGUCUGUGUUUUACACCUGGUCUGUAUUUUAUACCCAGUCCAUAGCCCACAGUCCACAGUCCGUGUUUUAUACUGAGCGAUAUUAGUAUUAGUUCAGUCACUAAAUCUCUACCAUCUAGCUCAUUAUGCUGGGAAAGCAAUUUUUACAUGGUCACUUGCCCAGGGACAAGUUUGGUCUGGAAAACGCCCAGACAUCUCUUAUGAGAGGCUUUUAAGAUUCCUUCUGCAACCCUAGAAAUAAUACUUAAAUUACUCCAAUGAUAAUUUACUUGAAGUAAUUCUAAAAAUGAGUCUUUAAUAUAUUGGCAUACUGGACGAAGAUAAAAAUGUACUUUACUGCUAAAGCAGCUAAGAGCAAAUGAGUCUCCUUCGCAGCCACUUGGGGGUGGAGUCACUCAAUACUCUCUGGACAGGGAGUGUUACAAGACUCUGGCCAUCACAGCUAUGAAGGAGACUAGAGAGACGUGGGCUCUUGUUAAAUACAUCGUGAAAAAACAUUUAUAGUUGCAUGGCUACCUCUCCUUUAAGUAAAAUACAUACAAAAAUGUGCCUACAUUUUUAUUUAAAAAUGUUUACUUUUGAAAGCUACACUCUUCAAGUAUAUUAAAAUGCCUCAAAGCAAUAACAUUGUCAAAUGAAAAAGAAAAUGACAAAAACAAAAUAAGGCUGCCUUGCACAUACAGUCGACUCCCAAAAAUUUGAACCUUCAAGGGAAAGAGAAAAUAGUUUGAGUUACCGAGAGUUCAAGUUAUCGAGGGUAAAGUUAUAUAGAAAGUGAUCUGAAGGGAAAUGUAAGUUGCUUCAAGUUAGCGGGAGGUUCGAGUUAUAGAGGGUUCGAUUUACCAGGAUUCGACUGUACAUCCCUUUGACAAUCUGCAUUUUUUUUUAGGCAAAAAUACAACUGUAAAUAAUUAUUUACAGUAUGGGCGUUUUCCUGGCUAUCAGCUGAUGAUUGAUUUUGACAAAACCUGUCCCUGGGCAAGUGGCCAUGUAAAUUUAUAUUGCUUUCCCAGCAUAAUGAGCUAAAUGGUAGAGGUCUAGUGACUGAACCAUCAUUAAUAUUUAUUAUUGUUACAUUUUUUUUUUCUUUCAAACAGUUUUUCAAUGCAUCUUCUCCAAGUUCUAAUUUAGGUGAAAAAUUUCCAGGUAUGCUGUUUUCAGAAGUCUUACAUGUACACAUGUUUCCUAUCUCUUGUUUGCUGCCAUGUAAUGUUCUAUUAUUUUAUUAUAUAAUCACCAAUGAAAUACCAAACCAUUUCACUUGAAUAAUUUUUUUUGCUACUAAAGGAUGUGAUUUAUUAUGUAGUCAUAGCAAGAGUGACCUUUCCACAGGUGAAGAUAACAUGUUACUUUUACUUGUGAAGAUAUUGUGCUUUCAUGCAUAAAAGCGCACCUUGUAUUUCAUUGGUGUUUACCGGUAUAUAAUAAAUGUUGUUAUUCAAUCAAUCAGGAGAGAAGACUUUAUUAAACCUUCUUCAUAAAAUGGUCAAGGUUGCAGAACUACAGAAAAACCUUGGCUUGGUGCGUGCAGAUGUGGAUUUUAUACCAGUAGGGUAAGAGGGUUUUUCUGGAGAGUCAAUUUUUUAAUUUAAAAAUACUUAGAGAGAAUUUUGUUACUCUUAGUUCACAAACUCAAACAAAUAUUAAAUUAUUAAUCAGUUGUUUUGAAGAUAGUCACAUGGAAUAAUUAUAAAAUAAUAUUUUAUAGUAUUAAUAUGAUGAGACCCUGUUAACAUGGCCUUGAAACAACAACAUAAGACUAGAUAGACUAGAUAAAAUGGCGACAGAUGACAUAAAAUGGGACAUGGCCUGAUCCUCAAAACGUGAAACAACAGUAUACCAUGGUUGCAAAAUUAACCAUGAUCCUGCACAUAUGGCAGAAUUAUUUCACUCCGACUCAGCAACAAAACAGUAGCUCAUAGCCUGUAGCUAAUCACUCGAAAAUGCAACUUGCCUUCUCUGUCAAGAAAAAUUGUUGAGAUUCAGAAAUUUCGCUACAAUGGUAACAUGAAGCCACACUUCUCCUCUUUAUUGAACAAGUAAAAGUUACUUUUUACCAUCUUCAUUAUUGCAUAGUUUUCCAGUACUUGAAAUUAGGAUUAAUUACCCCUUAAAUACAGGUUGUUGAACGUGGACAUUGUAAUACUAAAACCUGACAUUUCCGUUUAUCUUUUUGUUUAGGAAAGAGUUUGUCUCUAGUUUUAUAGAAGGCAGAAGUCGCAGAACAUCAGAAAAUUAUGAUGAGUUAGCACUAAUUUUCGAGGUACCAACGUCAUACAUUGGCCGUGAGGUAAGUUGAAGAUGCUUGUCUCAGGCAUAACACAUAUAGUUUACAUGUUGUGACUGCUAAAGCCCUGGCUAAACGAUCAGAAAUUCUUGUCCAACAUCAUAUUCGUCAUGCAUAGAACAUGGGUGAUUAAGUGGAAACGUUGUUUGGGAUGAAAAAUGUUGGACGAAAUCAAAGAUUAAAAUCCAUUAAUUGAAAUGCAAUGUUUGGAGUCGGAGAGGCGACUAAACGGUAAACGACGCGCUUCCAACAUGACUUGUAUAAUUUAGCCUUAUAACCCUAAUAUCUGCUUGCAUGUUCUCUUUGCUGUUUUGUUUACAUUUCUUGAGUCAUUGACAAAUUUAUCCACUCCUGAGAUUUUGCUAUAAAACGCCAUGUGAAGCUACAUUAGUCAAGCCAUUUUCUGGUGACCAUCUGGCCAAAAAGAAGCAAAAUAACCCAAAAAGUUGUUUACAAGUUGCCAAAUGACAGCUUUCUAAGGAAGCUUUCCAUUUGUAAGAACUGGUCGUCCAAUCCAGUCUAGCUGUAAGGAGAAUUCCACUAUUAAUAAGGACUAUCCAGUCAGAUCAGUCUGUUCUUGAAUAGUAUGUUCGGUAGUGGUGGGUUUAAGGGAAAAUUUCGAGAAAAGACUACUAUUUUACUUUCACAAUAACUGGUCACGGUGGCUGGCCAGUCGUGACUUUUAGUUUAAGACUUUUAGUAAGCGCCCUUAUUUUGGGCAUGCGCAUGAUGUCACAAGAAGCUGGUAAACUGGUGGUUGUGUGGUUGUCUCGUCACGCAGCGCUUCUCCCAAACAAAGGUGGAGCGUUCGUGACGAGACUAUAACGGCUGCGAAGAAGACUCCGAUGGUGGUAAGCAGCCCAGGGGCAGGGGGAACUCCGGAUUUCAAGUGACAGUGAUGAUCGAAGGAUUUUUUGGGGUUUGAAAUUUUCAAUUUUGUUAGGAAAAUUUCCGCAAGUGAUUUUUGGGUAGCUUGAUUUAAGAAGGGAUUUUUUUGGGUAUUCUAAACAGUCUGAAGAUUCGUGAUAAUUCCCGCGUAUCCCGGCCGCGUAGUUCCUCUGGAAAUUUUUAUGGCUCGGAAAUUCUUCAUGGGAUUUUUUGGGGGUCAAAUUUUGGUCCAGGAAUUUUUUUGGGGUUUGAUUUUUGCCCCCAUUUGAUUAUCCCUGUCACUUGAAAUCCGGAGUAACCGCCCCGGGGUGAGCAGUUGAGGUGUGAAUCAUUGUUACUAAAAACUUGUUGAAAAUGAGAACAUUUUUCAUUUAGUAAACAUUAUUUAUCAACUUUUUCAGGUCAUCUUAGAUUUUAUACAAUGCCCUCGCUUGGGAGUCAGAAGAGUAUUAAAUAAAAAUGUAAGUACAACUUGAUUCUAUUUACUUAACAGAUAAUAAACUUGCGUUGUGUUUGUUAAAAGGAUCUAUUCACAGAAAAAUGAAGAUUCCCUAGUACACUACUUUAGUAAAAAGUGGCAUGACCUGACCAUGCUACACAUUGUGGAAUGAAUGUUACACUAGACUUAAUCUAAGACUCAGUCAGCCACGCUAGAUAAUCUAGGACUGGAACCUCAUUAGCUAGCCUGCGAGCAAGCUCUCCUAUUUGGGCGAAUGAAACGAGUCUCGCGAGAACGCGCGAGCGAGCGGCUUUUUAGAGAGGCUCGCGUCGCUUGCCCAAAUAGGAGAGGUUGCUCGCAGGCUACUCAUUAGCUUUUUUAACGAUUUUUUUUGGUGAUCUUUUAUUUACAUGAAAGCUUGUCUAACGGUAGAAUUUUUUUUGUUCUUACUUAUUAGAAAGAUCUUGUGGAAAAAUAUGCGAUAAAGAAGUUUCCAUCCCUUGUUCUUGUGCACAGAAAAGGCACAUUUCGGCAUCUUUCACAGUACGUUUGUUUCUUUUAUUUUGUAGUAGUGUGUUUCAAAUGAUCCGAGUACGGCGACUGCGAUAACAAAAACGUCGCUUCAAAAGUGAAUUCGCGUUGUCUCAGUCUUCAUCGCUAUUAUUCUAAUUCACUUGCUUCAUUAAACGUAGGCGAAGUUCUCCUAGAGUUGAAUCAUAAGGUGAGAAAGAGAAUUCUGAAUUCUGAGUUCUCAUUGCUGUCCCCAUCGUCUGAUCUUAAGGUCCCUAUCUUGUCUACUAGCACUCACUAGGGAAAAGUUAAAAGUGAUUUUGUCUUGUUAAUGCUUUACAGUGAUGAAAAAACUCACUCCGGUUUUAAGACUGCACUGGAUGAGGUUUGUCAGGUAGUUAGGCCCUUCCCUGAACUGUCAGCUGUCAAGGAUGCUAUGGAUGUGUACAAAAAACGUCACGGCAAAGAGGAUCAGAGAAAGCAACAGGCUGGAAGCAGGUCAGUCAGUCUGUUAGUCAAGACAAGACAAGGCAGUAUUUCUGAUUUGGAGUCUUAUACCAGCUGUAGCCUCCGUAGUAAGCGCUUCCGUGCCGUUUCGGGGCAAAGUGAAAGAGCGAGGAACGGGAUUUUCGGUUGUGGCCGUGCGGAAAAUGGAACGAGAACCAAAAAAUGAAGAAGGGAGGGGGAGGGGAAAGAAAGAAACGAUUCUUUCCUUUCACUCCCCCCCCCCCCCCCCCCCCCCCCUUUAGGGGGGCCACCGGGGGAGGCGUCCGGGGGGUUUGUGUGGGAAGGGAAAAAGGGGGGGGAGGGGGUUUUCGGGGUGGCGGGGGGGGAAAAAGGACAGAAACCCAAAAAAAGAGAAAGGGGGGGGGGGGGGAAAAAAAGAACCAUUUUUUUCCUUUCCCCCCCCCCCCCCCCCCCGACCCCCUCUUUUACUCGACCCAUGUUUUGCGCGGCCUUUCUUUGCUCCGGAACCACACGGAAACGCUUGUUGCGCAGGCUAUACCAGCUGUUACAUCGACGUUUUCCAAAUAAUUCAAAAUUGCAAAAUGACUAUAGAUUUAAUUACACGGCGACAGCUUAUAUAGAGAUAAUUAAACAGGUAUACAGCGUUAUUUUUUCUAUUUUUUUUCUUUUUUAUGCCGAAGCAUUAAAAAACAUGCUUUGCUUUGAACUUUUGGAUUUUAGCCUUUGCGCAGAGUGAAUUUAUUAGAAACAUGAAUAUUUCAUUUGUUUACGUUCUGUUCACUCUUAUUGGUCAUGGCUUCUGUGGCGGGGUCCGGUGGGAGUGUGCACUCAAAAUACGUACACAUGAAUGUGCCCCUUCUCCCCAACUUGGUCACGAUCUUAGUAUUGUUAAUUUGUUGUGGUUCAUUAUCGCCUUUGUUUAAAAUUUAUCACACCUUACCAGCUUACUGUACAAACAAACAAAGAAAAGUACUGUAAUAUUUGAGCCAGGGAUGAAACCAACUAAACCAUAACAUUUCCAUAUUCGAGACUUUUCCUGGAACGAGGUGUAUUUAAAAAAAAUGUGGCACGAAAGCAUUGCAGUGUCAGUGGAUAAAUGAAUAUCUAUACUUUGCUGUCAGGCCCUUGCCAAACUAGCCAACCUCGGUUGCAGACCCAAUAAUUUUCAUAGUAACACGAUAAACGAAUUUGACAAACGUCAACUUUUUUUUUCUGGAACGACAUCUUAUUAAUUGAAGAUAAACACAUUCUGUAUUUGUAGGAUAUGUGAAUAUUUAGAUCCCCCCCCCCCCCCCCCCAUGUUUGUAUAAUCGAGCAUGCGCUCUGACUUUUCUGAGGAUUAGAAUAUAAAUGUGUGCACGAGUUAGCAAUGGUGUGUGUUAGUCGUUAAAUCCUGGUGAAAAUCGAAACAUCCUGGGUUAAGUCCGUAAAGACACCACAGUAUUUUUUCCAGGCUAAACAGGACCUUAAAACUUUGACCAUUUCUAGUGGGUAUCCCUUUCAAUGUAAAAUAUUUUUAAAACGGGGUCCAACGUUUAAGGCCCUGGUAGUACAAACUAACCCGUGUCCCCCCCCCCUCCCAUCACCACCACCACCACCCUCCCUUUCUAACUAACAUACAUCUUGUCUCUUACUGUAUCUAUCCUCACCAGCUCUGAGGUGUACAUGCAAGACUUGGAAAGUGGCCUGUCCUACAUGUUCAACGUUGAAGUUGGCAGCAAAUUAAUUUUCCAUAAAGUCGAGUUAACAGCUCUCCAGAGCUUCGUGGCCAUGCUUGGAAAGGUGAUUAUGACAGUUGUUAAGAUGUGAUACUUCACUCAACCUCUAUCACGGCCUCAAGUGUCACACUUGACGCCAUGAUAGAGGUUGAGUGAGUGUCUGUUGUUGGUUUAACCCACCUACCCCACGAUGAAGAGUACUGCCACACGUUCAUGGUAACCAAUGAAAAAGACUCCUGUUCAGCAUUUUAGAAUAACAAUAAGCGAUAGGACAGGGCUAGAGGCUUUACCUGACUGUAAGUAAAUGUCACGAGAACAACAGCCAUGUCUCCCGAUAGCCGUCUUAUGGUUGGCUCAACUGUCUAACAGUUAAAAAAAAACUCUCAGUUUUAUUUUUAAACGGAGAAGAGGAGUUGUUUUGGCCAUUACUUCGAAAGCCGUCACGGCGUUUUUACUGACCGGUUUAUGUUUAGAACGAUACUUGGCGCAAAUUUAUAACACCUUUUAGGCCCGAUAGAUAGUCAGCAACACUACAGACCUGAAAAUGGUAUUAUUGACCUUUGAUGACGUUUAAUUUUUCGUCAUUUCAUUUCUUAUACUUUGGAUGCGAGCGCUCAUAGACGGAGCGGAGCUUCCAUUUUCGCGGGGAAAAAUGCUCUAAAAUGUACCUGAAAUAAAGCGGUCCGUGAAAGCAACGUGACUUAGGCACAGUAUGGGAGUUGUUCGCUUCGGUUCAUGGGCUCCUGCAAUAGUGAUACAGGUGGAUGGGUAUGAAAACACAAGAUAACAACUUGCUGUCUCUCCAUCAUUUGGAAAAAGAGCCGUCGUGGGGGAAAGCUGGAUUAAAUCAUAAUUUUCUAACCUGUGUUACCAAUUGGUAUUUUUGCAGUGUUUUCCUGGUAGACCGAGUCUUCGCGGAGUAUUCAGCAAGUUGAGUGUGAAACUAAUACCUCAGCCACGAAAAACAAUGCUGAGAUCGGAGUACUUGUACCAUCUGAAGGACGCUCAGGUAUGGUAUGAGUUAUCUAGUUAAUAUAGGACUUCACGCGAAAAAAUUGUUUUCUUGCUCUGGCAACAUACCAUUGUUAAAAAAGUACGGAGCUAAAAUAAAAUGAUGUGAAAAUGAAAUUGAAUGACUGGUCGCGUGAUUUACGAUCUCACCUGGCCAAUAGCUAGACGGAACACUCGACUGAUGAAGACAUCUUUGAGAUAACGUUAAAACAUUUCUGUUAAAGUUAUUUUUCUUCUCUUAAUGCAUAAUUUGACAUUAUCCUUUGUGACUGAACUGUUUAGGAUGGAAUUUUCUUCAAGAGACUUUUUCCAUUUUCACAGAGAGUUAAUCGCCGUUCUAAAUAUUAGCAAGUUCCGCUGGUAAAUACGUUGCAUUUUUUCCUGCGCUUGAAACCAAUUUCGUGUAGCCCCUUUUCUUCUUUUGAUUUGCUCAUUUUCGUUUUUUCUACGGUACUGUUGAUUGUAAAUUUCUGAGAGAUGAGAAAGUAACUCAAAAGUUUAGGGUAUAUUAGUACAGCCAGAUAUUAACCCUAUAGGGCUUGAGAGUGACCAAAAUCAAUUUUCUCUUAAUGAUAUCCAUACAUGGACAAGAGGUUAGGUAAUGAGAAGUAAUAAAAUGAUCACCAAAGAGAAAAUGCCUUGUUUGUUUAUCAAAUUCUCUCAACACAUUCUUAAAGGAAAUGCAUGGAUAUCAGUUUGGAGAUAUCAGUUUUUCCGGGCAAAACUGUUUGUUUAACAUAUUUUCAUUUACACCUGCAAACAUGUUACUUUUGUUAUCUAGUUUAUUUUGUGAAAGGUUUGAACCCAGGAGUCAUUUCAAAAGUAGGUUGAGUUUGAUCGUCCCGGUGAACGUAGUCCUGAAUAGGACUGUUGUUGUUGACAGUGACUGACGUUUAGACAACCUGUGCGGUAGUCAUCUUCAGAGUCAAAGACUAGUUUAUUUUGUCACUUUAAACCGUAUAUAUUAGAUCAGGUUUUAGUUUUUAUCGUUGUGACUUGAUAAUGAUGUCAUGACGACAUCGAAACGUUGUGUUGAACUUUUUUCGCUUAUCUUUAUUCUUAAGUAUUAAACAAAUUCUAUGAAAUGAAACAUGAUAAAUUUGAAAUAGCGUGAAUUCGCUUUUCAAGUGAUGUUUCGCUGCCGUUGCCCGUCGUUGCUUGAGCUCCCUAUCAGAUGCUAGUGCAAACGUUUCAGCUUAAAACAUCGUUAACGCCAAGGUAUUCAUUUUUGUUUGUUUUUAGAUGCAUUUGAAGUCAAGUCAGUCAAGUGAUGGUUUUCAUUCUCCUCUACCCAGUAAGGCAAAGUGGGCGGCCUGUGCGGGAAGCCAGCCUAAAUAUCGUGGUUACCCGUGCAGUCUGUGGACUCUGUUUCAUACCUUGACUGUCAACUGCGGACGUAGCAGUGGUUUGACGGGACUAGAUGUCCUUUUACGAAUCCAAGAUUACAUCAAAUACUUCUUUAGCUGCGACUACUGCAGAAAGCAUUUCAUGGCUAUGUCUAAGAAUCUCAAAACAGAGGUGGAUUCACACAACAGCGCGAUUCUGUGGAUGUGGAGUAGACACAACAAGGUGAACAAACGUCUGGCUGGUGACAACAGCGAAGAUCCAAAACAUCCUAAGAUUCAGUUUCCGUCGAAAGAUCUCUGCGAAGAAUGUCGCCUCCCUGGUACCAGCACUGGCGACGAGAUUCACUGGAACGAAGGCGUGGUCCUGGAGUUCUUGAAGAACCACUACGGUCUGGACAACAUUAGGAUCAAGAAACCUCCUGCCCGCUCCUCUCCUGAACUGGAAGACACUGACAUUGUAAGCAAGGGUCACUUUAUCUCUCAUCUUAGCGCUAUCGGCCUGAGUUCGAUUGACGCCAGCAUGUGUCUAAUUCUUUAUUCCGCGAUAGCUCUCGCUGUCAUCGCCUUGUAUGUUUAUUUCAUCCGAAGGCGGCGGAGAGCAGUUAAGGUUCGCGUGCACGCUCCAUAG